AUGGCCGAUGGCUACUAUCGAUCCUACCUAAACAGUGCGAUGUCGUUGUUUGACAUCAACAUAACGAUUGAAUCACAAUCGAAAUCCAUAGAAUCCGGUGUCACUAUCGAUCUGGAGGGCAUUGUCAAUUUCAUCACUUUGGUCGAACCGGCAUGGUCACCCGAUAAGCUAAAGCACCUGAACACAAGCAUCCAUUUGGAAGGUCUGAAUAUUAUCAAUGGAUACACACCAAUGGAUGGCGGUGUCAUCUAUGUAAAAGUCUUUUUCACAAAGCUGUACCUGACGUUGGUGGAUUGCGUAUUUAAGAAUAACACUGCUGUGAGUUCUGCGGCGGUGUUGCAUAUUCGCAUUGACUAUCACAGCACCGUUAUUGGCUACGACAAUCCGCCAGUUAUCAAUAUUGACGGUUGCCGAUUCCUCGGAAAUUCAGCCAAUGAGUUCACCGUUCUCUAUAGCAAUAAUGGAAACGCCACUAUUAGUAAUUCCAUAUUUCAAGAUAACUAUACCUCUAGAAAUGGAAUAGUGUUUACUGGUGGGCGAGUUCAAAUGUUUCAGUGUCUGUUCUUUAAUAACACCGCAAAUCAAAUGACACUCUUUCUAUUAAAGAAUAUGCUUGAUACCGUUAGAAUCGAUGGAACGGAAUUCAUUGGAAACACCAUUCAAAAUACCAAAGUGCCUACUAUUACACCGUCGAUCAUCGCUGCCAUCGGUGCCCAAAUACAGUUUUCUAAUUGUUUGUUCGAAUCCAAUGUCAAUGCAUCUCAGGUGUUUCAAAGUGGAUAUCAAGCUGUUAAAAAAGGAUCAUCUACGUUUGACAAUUGUACAUUCAGUAACAACCGGGGUGAUAUCAAAGGUGCAGGAAUCUAUUCACUCCUAACGAAACUCAUUAUUCAACACUCGACAUUCAACAACAACAGUGGCUAUCUCGGUUCACACAUCUAUGCAUUCGACACGAAAGAGGUAUCGAUCAGCAACUCAUCGUUCACCAACAGUCCACCGAAUACAUUUGGAUCGGGUCAAUCGAUUUACCUAUUCAAUAUUAAAAAUAUGAAUGUAAGCAACUUAAUAACACGAUUUAGAAGAAGACAAAGAAGAAAAGCAUAUAAAUCAAUGAUUGACUCUGAAUAUGAUUAUAAUGACAAUUAA